AUGGUGAGCGCUGUGCUGGACAACCAACCACCAAGGUCAGAGAUCCAGGGCCACAGCUGCAGGGGGACUGCUGAUAAAGCCAUGUCAGAGCCAGCAGACAGCAGCCUGUCCUCCAGGGCAUCGCCACUCUCCCAGCUUAGCGCUGUCACCCUAGAGGACCUGGGGCUCCUGGUGGAAAGCUUGACCAGCCUUGAGCCCUUGAGUCUGGAAGAGGUCUCAGAGAGGUAUGAGUCCAGCCACCUAGUGUCUACCACCUCUGUCCCAGAGCAGGACACUGCCAAGCGCUGGGAUCAGCUGGAGCAGUGGGUGGCCUCUCUGCAGGCUGAGAUGGCCCGCCUACAGGGACACGAAGAACGCUGUGAGCACACCAUGCUCAGCCUGCUGCGAGAGCUGGUCCGCCUGCGGGCCCAUGUACAGCUGCAGGGCUCGGAGCUGACACAGCUGCAGCGAGAGGUGCAACAGCAGGCAGCUCGGACCCCAGAGAAGGAGGCGCCAGAGUUCCUUGGCCCCCAGAAUCAGAACCAGAACCAGAUGCAAGCCCUGGACCAAAGGCUGGUGGAGGUCCGGGAAGCCUUGGCCCAGAUCAGGAGGAAGCAGACACUGCAAGACUCGGAGCGCAAGGGUGCCGAACAGGAGGCAGCCCUCAGGCUGGCCACGCUGACUGACUUGGUGAAGCAAGAAGAGCAGGGUCGAGAGGCAGCUUGCAGCACCCUGCAGAAGAGCCAGGAGGAUGCCAGCCAGAAAUUGGGCCAUGAGGUGGCCAGGAUGCAGGCCCAGGUGACCAAGCUCAGCGAGGAGAUGAGCCUCCGCUUCCUGAAGAGGGAGGCCAAGCUAUGCAGCUUCCUGCAGAAGAGCUUCCUUGCACUGGAGAAGAGGAUGAAGGCUGCAGAAAGCUCACGGCUGCGGCUGGAGUGCCGCCUGCGGGAGGAGCUGGAGGGCCACUGGGAAGCGCUGCAGGAACUGACAGAGGAGCGCCUGCGGUCUGUGUGUGGUCAGCGCCAGCAGGAGCAAGGCCACCUCCUGGCGCAGUGCCGCAGUCUGGACGCAGCUGUGGUUCAGCUGACCAAGUUUGUGCGGCAGAACCAGGCAUCACUGAAGCGCAUCCUGAUGACCGAGCAGAAGGCCCGGGAUGCCAAGGGGUGCUUGGAGGAGAGCCAGGCCGAGGAACUGGCCUCCCAGGUUCAGGAGAGCCUGGAGGCUGCGCAGCUGGCCAAUGACCUGGCCUGGCAGGAGACGCACAGGCAGCUGGCAGUGCUCCAAGAGAAGAGCCAGGGCCUAGAGGCAUCGGUAGCCCAGCUGGCUGGACAGCUGAAGGAUCUGAAUGACCAAUUCCUGACCCUGAGCUGGAGGCUGGACCUACAAGAGCAGAUGCUGGGCCUAAGGCUGUCUGAGGUGAGGAAUGAGUGGGAAGGUGCAGAGAGGAGGUCAGUCGAGGACCUGGCCAGGUGGCAAAAGGAGGUUGCUGCACAUCUGCGGGGGAUGUGGGAGAAGGUGGACAGCCUUCCCCGGCAGAUAGAAAGCAUCUCAGACAGGUGCAUUUUCCACAAGAGCGACUCAGACCUCAAGAUCUGUGCGGAAGGCAGGGCGCGAGAGUCUGAAGUCGGGGCUUUACGGCAGGAGCUGACUGCCCUGCUGUCAUCUGUGCAGCUGCUUAGGGAGGAAAGCCCCGGGCGGAAGAUUGCUGAGAUUCAGGGCCGACUGGCCACGUUUCAGAACCAAAUAAUAAAGUUGGAAAACAGCAUCCAGGCAAACAAGACCAUUCAGAACCUCAAGUUUAACACAGAAACCAAACUGCGCACACAGGAGAUGGCAGCCCUGAGGGAGAGCAUGGUGCACCUGUGGAGUGAGGAGGGUCCUUGGGCGCUGACACUGGGCAGCCGCAAGGUUCUCAUGUCCCUGGUGAGGCAGCGGUUCUUCGUCAAGGAUGUGGCCCCUGGCGAGGUGGUCCCCAUGAACUGCUGGGGCGUGUAUCAGGCCGUGAGGUGGCUGCAGUGGAAGGUGACCCUCCUGAGCCUGGUGGCUCAGCGGAGGCCAAGAGGCGUCCCAGGGAAGCCCCACAGCUGAGAGCCUGCGCAGAGCCUCACACUUUCGCCUCACACUUUCGCCCUGGCCCCAGAAAUAAAUAUGCCUUUAGGUUC